AUGGAGUACCCGCACCACCACCACCACGGCCACCGCCGCGACGACGACGAGGACGACCGCCGGGGCCCGCCGCCCCCGGCCUACGGCGGCUACGGCCAGCAGCCGCCACUCGACCCGUACGGCCAGCCCCCGCCACCCGACCCGUACGGCCGGCCUCCGCCCCAGCCCGCGUACGGCGCCGGGGGCGGGUACGUCCACGUCGCGCACGAGGCCGGCGACGAGAGGCCGCACUACGGCGGCGGCGGCGGCGGCCUCGGUGGCGCCUACGGGGGCGGCGGCGGCGCCGAGUACGGCCACGAGGGCCGCCCGCACCACCACGGCGGAUCCGAGUACGGCCACGAGACACGCCCGCACCACGGGGCCGGGGCGGGGGCGCCGCGCCGCCUCGCCGCCCGCGACGGCAAGGUCUGCCUCGUGCGCACUGACCGUGACGACGACGCGCAGCACUGGAUCAAGGACAUGAAGUACAGCACCAGGGUGAAGGAUGAGGAAGGCUACCCUGCCAUUGUCCUCGUCAACAAGGCCACCGGAGAGGCUCUCAAGCACUCCCUUGGCCAGUCACACCCUGUUCCUCUGACCCGCUAUGAUCCAGAAAAACUGGAUGAGUCGGUCCUGUGGACAGAGAGCAGGGACGUUGGGGAUGGAUUCCGCUGCAUUAGGAUGGUCAACAACAUCUACCUGAAUUUUGAUGCCUUACAUGGAGACAAGGACCAUGGUGGUGUGCGUGACGGAACGACCCUUGUGCUGUGGGAGUGGUGUGAGGGAGACAACCAGCGCUGGAAGAUUGUUACCUGGUUUUUUAAGUUCCAGUCACCGUGCCUCAAUCGGCUCCUUCCGGACAUAGCAAGCCAUGCCGCCUGUUUGUCCUCCUUCAGCCGAGCCCUUGUCCUCUACACCGGGAAGCUGCUAUGCUCCUUCAACAAACAAAUCGACGCCAUGUUCGGAGUUACUCAACUCAAUAAUUUCCACUUAGCAAUGGAUUGA